AUGGCAUCCAUGAUAAUUCCUAGAUGUACGCCCCCGCUCCUCCUCUCGAGGUCGCUGGAGGGUUUGGAAAAUGUUAUUCCUCCACAGGGCUACUCUCCCAGCAAUUCUAACUACUUGAGCUGUAAGCUCGAUAAGCCUUUACCUGACAUUCCCCGCCCUACUUCGCGCGUCUAUGGUCCAGAUACCGAAGCUGUUGGAUCAAUUGAGAGCCAUCUACCAAAUUGUCCUCGGAAUACCAUGCUCUCCCAACCUCCUCCGCGUGCCGUUUCAAGAGCUCAUAGUUUGUGUUCUUCAAAACGGUACCAGAAGGCCCUUCUGUUGCUUUCUACAGACGGAGAUACAGGUGAGGAUGUGCAGAAACAUGUAAGGAAGCGGUCGUUAUCCCUCCAGUCCUGCGGAUAUCAGUCAGAGCCAAAUCCACUCCUUGCAGCCUCGUGCGGGACGAUUGCAGGUCCCACAGGCCUAUACCAUCCAGAUUUGGGGUGGUCGUUGGUUACAAAAUCGAGGUAUCGCUCCAACUCUACCUGUGCAACUCAUGGUGGUUCCACGACGGCCGAUCCAAUACUUCCUAUUUAUGCCACUACAGUUGGCAGCAUUGAUCCUUCACUUCUUCCUCACGCUCUUAAUAUUGAAAGCAUUCAACACCGGCAAGGCAGAGAGGGGAGCUCUGAAUCAUCUUUUGUGGCCGUGGAUGACACUGUGUCAGAAACCUGUUUCUGUGAGGUUUCCGCCGAGUGCAAAAAGCCUGAACCGGACUCAGGCGAGGUAAUAUCUAAUCAACAGGUAGAACAGCCACGGAUAAUGUGGCCACCUCCAACUGGUCGCCUGCCGAUGGCUAUUCUCCCAAAGAACGACCGCAACGCACCAACACCAGGGACAUGCCCACCGAGGUUGAAAAUACAGCCCGAAAGCCAAUACGGGAAUCGCACAGAACUGUACUCUUUCUCUUCCGACAGCAGCGGAUAUGAUCAUAAUUUGAACAUUACCCCCACACCCAAUAAUACACCAACAUAUCAUGACUUGGACCGGCAAAGAACCAAACAACUUGCUGUUCUCACCUCCGACUAUCAGCGCUACGGGUCGAAAGCAUGGAAAACAAAACAAAGCCGCAGAUCAGGCAUCUUUUUCAGGAGCCGGAUCACGAAACCGAAGCAAACGUCCUCACUUUCGCCAGCACUACCAUCAUCUACCGCACACCUUCGACAAUAUUACCGCGAGAACCACCAUCGGUCGCAAUACCAGCUCCAAUCUCAAUUCCAACCAUCGUCUUCGACCCUCCUUCCCCACCGCAUAAAAUCCUUUUUCUCUAAAGCUUUCCAUGUCCGAUUUGAUGCCUCUCACAGUAAACCUUCGCGACCUCCACGGCCGCCAUCUCUCUUUCCCUUAAGGUAUAUCCUUCGUGCUCCACCACUGCCACCUCCACAGCAACAACAGUGGCAGCGGCAGCAGCAGCAGCUGCGGCUGCGUCAGAAACAACGAAAAGAGCAGCAGAAACAGCAGCAAAAGCAAGGAGGUGGGGCAUUGCUGCGAAGAAGUAUGUCGGUGAUGAGGGAGCGGCUGGGGUUGACAGGUGCAGAGAGGCGGAAGAUGACGGUUGAAAGGAUCAGAUUGUGA